UUGACAUAUAUAUUGAAAGUUGAAACCCGUUGAAUUGAAAGGAACUCGCUUGUAAUGGAACACAUAUGGAAGCAUGUGAUGCUAUUCUGCAUUGUGCUGCUGUUUCAUCAUCAUCUUCUUCCGGUCACUGCAGAACACCAAAGAAACUCCUCUCAUACAGACAAGGCAAGAACAACGGCUAUAACAAGUUCAACAAAAAUUAUAGUAGCAGUUAAUAGGCGGGGUGGUGGUGGCGGCGGCCAUGCCGGUGGUAGUGGAGGUCAUGGGGGUGGCCACGCAAGAAGCAUGGGAAUGUUUAAUAGUCGUGGUGGUGGUGGUCACGCAAGCAGCAUGGGAAUGCAUGGUAGCACAAUCCCUUUAUAUGGAGCUGCUGUUGGAGGCUCUGCUCAUCAGAGAAACAAUAAUAAUAAUCACCAUGGUAAUAAAAGUAAUGCCACAUUAAUUUACGUGUGCUUUUAUCAUUUCCUUCUUUUGUUUCUUUCUAUUUCCAUGGGAAUUUCUCUAUGUACCUAAGCACAUAUAUUCUGUCGCUUAAUUUAUGUCGAUAUUCUGCAGUUAUCCAAUUUAACAACUUUUGUAUACGAUGUUCACAGUAUAGUGUUAUACGAUGUUCACAUGAAAAACCUUAA